AGGGAAAAGGUGUGUCCACAGCCACUCAGUCAGAGAGAGUGACACAAGCCCUAUUAGGAAAUCCCUGGAGGACGGGGGUAUAAAUCCCGGCCUGGACUGCCGAGUUUCCACUGAAGGUAAAAGUUGGGCCUGGCAGCCUUCCCCAGGCGAGAAGCAACAAGGUCGAAGAAUGCAGGGCUGCAGGUGACCCUGACCUUCUUGGGCUUCAGUGUCUCUGUCAAAAACGGGCUGGAUCAGAGGAUUUCUGAGGAUCUUCUAUGAUUCGAAGUGACAGGCUGCGGAGUGCUGGACCUGAGAGCUCCACCUCCUGUGUCCUCCAGAAGUUGCCAGAAAAAAUGUUCAUCUUUUACAUGUUGGUAAUGAGCGUUUCAGCCUUCACCAUUCCGCCUGAGGAACACACAGUGGCUGCCGAAAACUGCAAAUUUCUUGGCAAGCAUUUCAAAACCGACUUCAGGGUAGAAGGGGAGCCUGUGGUCCUGAGGUGCCCCCAGGCGCAGCUCUGGUUGUGGGCGUCUGUCAGCCCCUAUGUCAACGUGACGUGGCGUAGAAACGAUUCUACUGGAAAGGUCCCCGGGGAAGAAGAGACGCGAAUGUGGAUCCAGGAUGGUGCUCUCUGGAUCUUGCCAGCCUUGCAGGAGGACUCAGGCACCUACAUCUGCACUAUCAGAAAUGCCUCUUACUGUGAUGAAAUGUCCGUUGAGCUCAGGGUUUUUGAGAAGACAGAAGCUUCCCUGCCUUUCAUAUCGUACCCGCAAAUUCUAACCUUGUCAACCUCUGGGUCCUUAGUUUGCCCUGAGCUGAGUGAAUUCACCCAUAACAAAAUGGACGUGAAGAUUCAGUGGUACAAGGAUUCUGUCCUUUUGGAUCAAGACAACGAGAAGUUUCUAAGUGUGAGGGGAACCUCUCGCUUAAUCAUCCAGAAUGUGUCUGUGGAGGAUGCGGGUUAUUACACUUGUGCCAUGACAUUCACCCAUGAAGGCAUGCCGUACAACGUGACUAGGAAUAUUGAACUACGUGUCAACAAAAAAGAAGAGGAGACAAUUCCUGUAAUUAUCUCCCCCCACCAGACCAUAUUAGCUUCACUGGGAUCAAGAUUGACAAUCCCGUGUAAGGUGUUUCUGGGAGCCGGGACACAGUCGACCACCAUGCUCUGGUGGAUGGCCAACAACACCAGAAUAGAGAAUGCCUACCAGGGAGGCCGUGUGACCGAGGGGCAGCGCCAGGAAUACUCAGAGAACAAUGAGAACUACAUUGAAGUGCCACUGGUUUUUGAUCCAGUCAUAAGAGAGGAUUUGAACACGGAUUUUAAAUGCCUUGUCCGUAACACACUGAGUUUUCAGACGCUCCGUACCACGGUCAAAGAAGGUACAGCGGAUGUCUCCAGAAUUUGGGGGAGCUGCGAUCAGGCAAAGCCCGGGGAGUCUGCACACCUGUCACCUUGCAGGAUUAACCAUGAGCUGGAGGUCUGGCACUGGGCACCAGGUAGAAGGCAAGCAUGUGGGAAGAUAGAAAAGCUCUAGAGGCAGAGUGCUCUGGCAGGUGAGCAAGAUCCAGGUUUGGGUCUGAGCUUUGUCACCAGGCAUGCCUGUGUGACCUUGGACACAUCACUUGCCCUCUCUGGGCCUCUGUUUUCCCCUGUGUAAAAUAAGUGUCCCUAAGUGACCCGUGAGUUCCUUGCAGAGCCAGCAGUGGAAUCUGAGGACUGUUGUCAUGGGCCAAGCGUCAUCCCAGGGGCCCAAGUAUCACAGCACCGCGGAGGAUGAUCACGUGGCCUUGGCUCUAUUCUGACAUGCAGAGGUGAGGAUGGCCAUGAUUUGGGGCUGAUACACUUGCUGAAGGGAUUUUCCUCAUCAUUUCCAAAUGAACCCCAGAGUGAAUGGGGCUGGGGACGCCCCACUAGGGUCUCUGAUUCCAGUUCUUUCACUGAACAGCUCUCGGAUCUUGGACACAGAGCUCUUACAUUCACCCUCAGGGGUUUCGCUAGCAGAAUAUGUCUUUUGCUAGGUCAGAGUUUGGACUGUGCCUGCGGCAGCAGCUGCCUGGCGGGGUCGUUCACACUGCGACGGUGGGAACAUCUCAUGGAUUCCAGGGUGAACGAGGAAUGGCCUAAGAAUCCUGGCCCAUGAUCAACAGCAGACUGGAACUCCAAGCCGUGGUUUAAAGGGCAUUUUAUUAAUAACACAUCCUAGUGAGUGCAAAGCAGCAAAUCGAUUUUCCAGAAAACACUUGACUUUAAUUUCUUGGAAGUGUUUUUAUAGCUUCACAGCUAUAAACAUUUUUCUCUUGGAUUGAAAGACUGAAGUGGGCCCACUGAGCGUUCUGUGUUUUGGAAGUGUUUCCCUUGGAUGGCAUUCAAAGCAGCAAAAUCCUCUUAUACAUCCCAAUUUGGAAAGCCCCCAUUUUGACUAUAAUUGACCAAGGAUUAAAUUCACAUUUGUAUUAAA